UCGCGAUACUUGGCAAUGAUCGGCGGAACUGUCAUGGCGGCGCCCGUCCUCAUCCACGGGUUCUUCCUCAGAGGAAAAUGACAUCAUGUGUUGUUUUUCAUUAAGAGAGGUGACUUCACUUUUAUACUGACAACUUUAAAGCCAUUUGAAAGUGUUUCAGUGGAUAGCAAAAUGAGUCAUAAAGCAGGUUCCUUUUUACGGAACCUUGGACAAAUCAAUUCUUUAGUUCCAAGGAGCAGAACUCUGAGGUUAUAUCCUUUGAAGUUUUGCAGACCAAAAAUUCCUCAUUCAAACUGGAACCUAAGAAACUUUCUGUUAAGUGACUUCGAUAAUGGAAUCCAAACAUCAUGUAGAUACCUUUUUCAGGAUGCAUUUAUUUUAAAAUCAGGAGAUGGUAGCUUGCAAAGAAAAGACAUAAGCAUUGCAUCAGUAUUUAGGGUUGACAGAUUGCAUUGUCCUAGAAGACUACUAUUCUUUAACUCAAAGCAUUCUCUUGUAUCUGCUGAGACAUUUGAUGAUGGAUUGAAGAAAGUGAAUGUUGAUCCACAGUUCUCCAGUGGAGCUGAACCCAAUAAAGAAAUGAAACCAACUCCUAUAAGCUAUAGAAAAUUGUCUCAAGAGUGUAAUUCCUUGAGUGACGUGUUAGAUAUAUUUUCAAAAGCCCCUACAUUUCCUAGCAGUAACUAUUUCUCAGCAAUGUGGACAAUUGCCAAAAGAAUGUCUGAAGACCAGAAACGGUUUGAAAAGCAACUGAUGUUUAGGCACCCAGCCUUUAACCACCUGUGUGAUCACAUGAUGAGAGAAGCCAGGAUAAUGCACUAUGACCACCUGCUGUUCAGUCUUUAUGCUAUGGUGAAGCUUGGAGUACCUCAGAAUACUCUUGUGGUACAGACUUCCUUGAGGAUGGUACAGGAACGUAUCAAUGAGUGUGACGAGAGAUGUCUUUCAAUUUUGUCAGUUCUUCUAAAGGCAAUGGACCCAUGCAAGAAUGUGGAUGUUCUUCAAGCAGGGUUGCGGAUACUAGUUGAUCAACAUGUUUGGAAAAUACAGCGUGUCUUCACAUUACAAACUGUGAUGAAAUAUAUUGGAAAAGAUACACCAGUAGCACUUAAAAAGAAAUUGGAGAUGAAAGCCUUGAAAGAAUUAGACAGAUUUUCUUUUUUGAAUAGCCAGCACAUGUUUGAAGUCCUUGCUGCUAUGAACCAUCGUUCUGUUGCUCUCCUGAGUGAAUGCAGUAAGAAGGUCAUAGAUAAUAUCCAUGGAUGUCCUUUUAAAAUAUUGGUCAGCAUCUUGCGGUCUUGCAAAGAACUCCAAUACCAUAAUUUAGAUCUCUUCAGGGGAAUAGCAGAUUAUGUGUCUACAACUUUUGACAUCUGGAAUUUGAAACAAGUCCUUCUUCUCCUUGUUUUAUUUGAAAACCUUCACUUUCGACCCAUUGAAUUGAUGGACUUGUUUAUGAAGAAAGUUGUAGAGAAACCUGAAUCUCUGCACAUGAAAAGUAUUAUAUCUGUUCUGUUUGUGUAUUCUUCUCUUAAUCACAUCGACAAAGGCCAGCACAAAGAGUUCCUAGAAGGUAUGUCCAGUGCUCUGACUGGUUGUCUACACCAUAUUUCUUCUGAAAACCUACUGAACGCCAUGUGUUCAUUUUGUAUGAUGAAUUAUUUCCCCUUGGCUCCUAUUAAUGAACUUCUCCAAAAAGAAAUCAUCGAUGAACUGCUGACAUCAGGUGAUGUAGAGAAAAAUGUUCUUAGGCUUCAUAUUUUAGAUACGUGUCUGAAACUUGACGAUGUUGCUUAUCAAAGUGCCAUAGACCUACCACUGCCACCACCGCCACCGUCACCAUCGCUGACACAUGCAAAGGUUGCCCAGGUGCUAAGUAGCAUUCUGGGAGGUGAAGGAUACUUUGCAAGAAAUGUCCAGUUGCCACAUAACUAUCACAUUGAUUUUGAAAUCAGAAUGGAUGCCAACAGAAGCCAAGCAUUUUCAUUUUCAGAGGCUGACGUUACUUCUACAAAUAUACAAAGGGUAGCUGUGCUCUGUGUUCCUAAAUCCCUUUAUUGUUUGGAUUUAAGCCACCCGAGAGGUUUUCUUGCUAUGAAAAUGCGGCAUUUGAAUGUAAUGGGUUUUCAUGUAAUCUUGGUUAAUAAUUGGUUGAUGGAAAAACUAAAGAUGGAAGAUGCAUCUAUGCUUUUGAAGACUAAAAUCUAUUCAGUUGAAGCCUUACCCACCACUGAUGUAAAUUUGCAAAGUACAUAUUAAAAGUCAGCAUUUUCAUAUCAGGAGACACAUAUAUCCAGUAAAAAUUAACU